AUGGAAAGACAGAAGUCGAAGCUUGCAAAAAAUAAUAACAUGUCCGAUGAUGUAAGAACAAGCGGAGUAGGUUCGAUUCCGCUUGAUCUCAUCCCAGAGAUACUCAAAGAUCUACCUGUUAAAACCCUAGCAUGGUUUCUUUGCGUAUCAAAGCCCUGGGGAUGCAUCAUUCGCAACCGCGAUUUCGUGAAAUUCUACUUGAUCAAGUCUUCAACUCAUCCACAAAGCCUCAUCUUCGCAUUCAAGAGCAGGCGUCACAGUAAACAUUUCUUCUUCUCAUCGAGUCAACACCAAGAUAGAGAUGAAUCAUCAUUAUCUUGUGUAGCAAGUUACCAUAUGAAAUGCCAUUCUCAACCUUACACAGCUAUUACUCCAUCUGUCCACGGUUUGAUUUGCUAUGGACCUCCUUCUAAGCUCAUGGUGUACAACCCUAGCACUAGACGGUCCAUUGCUUUGCCCAUUAUAGAUGCUCACAGGCUACGAAUGUACCACUACUUGGGUUAUGAUCCCAUCGGUGGUGACUACAAAAUGUUGUGUAUGAGUAGAGGCAUGCACGCUCGUAGGGGACGAGGCUUAGCCCACAAGAUUCAAGUUUUGACAUUGGGAAACGGGAGUUCGUGGAGGAUGAUUGAAGAUUGUCCUCCUCCUCACUCUCCUGAAUCACCUCAUAUAUGUAUAGAUGGUGUUUUAUUCUAUGGAGGUUAUUUGGACACAAGUACUCGUCUCCUUCGUAAAGAUCAUGUAGUCAUGAGCUUUGAUGUUAGGUCUGAAAAAUUUGGUAUUAUCAAAGUACCAUCAGAAAGAGCAACAAGGUUUACAAGAAUGACAAGAUACAAUCGGAAGCUUGCUCUCAUGUUCACUGGAUAUGGUGGAUUUGGUUGUGGUUACUCUGGCUAUAUCGAGUUGUGGGUUUUAGAGGAUGCUGCAAGACAUGAAUGGUCCAAUAAGAAUUUCGUUUUGCCUAGAUUAGCUUCCAGGGAUACCUUGUUUCAAGUAUUCUGUGCCAUUGAUGAUUCAGGCGAGUUUGUUUUGGCACCAGAAACUUUGCGCGCACCAACGUUUUAUGUUAUGUAUUAUGAUCCUAACAAAAAUAGCAUGAGAAGAGUCGACAUUGAAGGGAUCGCAGAUAAGAAGCUUCAGUUUUGGGAUGAUGACUCGGAUCGUCGUACAAUUUCUAUCUUCCCUGGUCAUGUUGAGAAUCUCUUGUUUCUCUAAGAGUGCUCCUGACAAUCAUUUGCUUUAUCGGUGUUUUUCUUGGUUGAAAAAAGAUAUUCAUCUUCGUUAAUGUGAUGUGUGUGACAUGGAUUUCAUCUAGUAUCUGCUCUGUUUUUUUUAGGUCAGUGUCUUAU